UUUACACUAAUUGGUUCGUCCCUAUUUUCUCCCAAUAAUACGAUCCAUGGCUUCUCAGAACAAACCACACAUUCCUUUUCUUGUGGUCACUUUCUUUCUGUUGAUCUGCUUGUCGUGUAGAAUCACAGUUUUUGCCCAAUACACCCCACGUUAUGCAUGCGCCACCGAUAAAAAUCCAAACUUAAAAAAUUUCACUUUCUGUGAUACUAAAGUUGAUAUUAAAACACGAGUUGCUGAUCUGCUAAAGAGGAUGACAUUGCAAGAAAAGGCGGGAAGCCUAGUGAGCGUAGCCGACCCCAUCCUUCGCCUUGGCAUACCAUCUUAUGGGUGGUGGUCGGAGGCUUUGCAUGGCGUUUCUGACACCGGACCUGCAACUUGGUUCAACAAGACUGUAAUCCCCGGAGCCACUAGUUUCCCUCAAGUCAUACUCACUGCAGCCUCAUUCAACGAAUCUUUAUUCUAUAAAAUUGGACAGGUGGUUUCGACCGAAGCUAGAGCAAUGUACAACACCGGUGUAGCUGGACUAACAUUUUGGUCACCCAAUGUAAACAUCUUCCGGGAUCCAAGAUGGGGAAGAGGGCAAGAAACACCAGGAGAGGAUCCAGUCCUAGCCAGCAGAUUCGGUGCAACUUAUGUUAGAGGCUUACAAGAGAGAGAGGAUGGUGAUAGAGAACGACUCAAAGUCGGGGCUUGUUGCAAACAUUUCACAGCCUAUGAUCUUGAUAAUUGGACUAGUGUUGAUCGGUUUCAUUUUGAUGCUAUCGUAACAAAGCAAGAUUUGGAGGAUACAUAUAACGCCCCAUUCAAAAGCUGUGUUUUCGAUGGAAAUGUUGCGAGUAUUAUGUGUUCUUACAACAUGAUGAAUGGUAAACCGACUUGCGCAGAUAAGGAGCUUUUGGAAGAUACAGUUCGAGGUGAAUGGAAAUUAAAUGGAUACAUUAGUUCCGACUGUGAUUCAUUACAGUUAAUGUUUGAAGACCAACAUUGGAGAAAAACACCAGAGGAAGUUACAGCCGAUGCAUUACACGCAGGGUUGGAUCUCAACUGUGGGAUGUCACUAAAGAACUUCACAGCAAAAGCAGUAGAAAAGGGGCUGGUGAAAGAAUCCGUAGUGGAUCGGGCUGUUACCAACAAUUUCGUGACACUUAUGAGACUUGGGUUCUUCGAUGGUGACCCGCGCAAGCAAUUCUAUGGGAAAUUAGGCAAGAAAGAUGUUUGCACACAGGCUACUCAAGAACUUGCUCGUGAAACUGCUAGACAAGGAAUUGUGUUGCUUAAAAACAGUUUUGGAUCUUUACCACUCCCUCGAAGAGCGAUGACGUCGUUAGCAGUAAUUGGACCUAAUGCUAAUGCCACAAAAGCCAUGAUUGGUAACUACGCAGGGGUUCCAUGCAAAUACACUAGUCCUCUCCAAGGGCUAUCGGAGUACGUUAAAACUAUAUACGUGGAAGGCUGUGAUAUAAAGUGUAACUCAACAAGUAAUGUCGAGGAGGCUAAUAAGGUGGCAGCUGAAGCAGACGCGGUGGUUCUUGUGAUGGGUACUGAUCUUUCUAUCGAGCAUGAGGCUCUUGAUCGGACCGAGAUAAUCCUUCCUGGACAACAAAAUCUUCUUUUGUUUCCGAGGUAG